AUGCUUAUGUCGGAGCAGGUCUCCGACGUUAGAAGCUUGCUUAACGCCGGUGGAUUUAGAAAACGAUGUUUUUACCUUAUUGAAUCAUUGAGCCGCCAUCUUAUCGGACCUCAUCUCUUGAUUCUCCGGCAAACGCCCACCGUUUCAGAAAACAAAUUCUUAAUCUUUGCUGUGGAAGAUAGAAUUGUUCAUUGUUUUGUUGGAUUUUGUUCGGGAUUCAACCUUCGAUUUGCCUUCAAUGUUCUCAAUCUGACCAAGUGCUCGACGAAAAGCUCAGCCUACAAGAAACCCUCGAAUCCACAGUCGAACAGCUGGAAAGAAAUAAAGAUUGAUCGCACCGGCUCCAAAGUAUAUUUUUCUGAUAUGUGGUUCUUGUGUUGGACACAUUAA